AUGAGUACAAUUCAUAAAAUAACUCAACAACAACAACAACAACAACACCGACAACAACGAUUACAUCAUCAUGUUCAUCAAAUAACCUCAACACUUCAUAAUCAUACUUCAUUACAAACUACAAUCAAUUCAGAAUUAUUAUUACUUGAUCAUUUAUUGAAUAAUCAACAAAUAAUUCAUUAUUUAUUAAAUAAAAAUACAUUUUGUUUAAAUCAUUCAAAUUUAUGGACAAUUGAAUGGUUACAACAAUAUUUAGAUAUAUUAACAGAAUUUGGACAAUUACUUAUAAAAUGUUAUAAAAGUAGUAAUAUACAUCAUAUACAUAUUGAUGAUAUUUUACCUAUAACACGUUUAUGGCAUAGUUAUUUACAAACAAGUUUAAUCUCAUAUCCUAUAGAAAGUAUCAUACUUGGUCAUGAUCAGGAUCAAUAUAUCAAUCAAAAAAUCAAUUUUACAUGGGAUAUGUAUAUUGUAUUACAUAAACCUAAUCAAUGUCAAUUAAGAUCAUAUUUAUUCAAUAAUCAAUCAAUAAUUAAUAAUAUACCAAAUUAUUAUUAUCUUACUAUACCAUCAUCAUUCAUUAAUAUAGAGAAAAUGGAAUCAUCUAUAGAAUUAUUAUUAAAAAAACAAGAAAUUAAUGAUCCAUAUGAAUCAAUUCGUAUAAUUGAUCAUUAUUUAUUCAAUGAUCAAUGGGAUUUCAUUUCAUCAAUGAAAAUAUGUCAAUUAUUAUUUAAUAUAAUAUUACCAGAAUGUUUAAAUACAAUAAUAAUGAAUAAUUUUGAACAAACUAAUCAUUUAAAAGUAAUUCGAUGGAAAUGUUUAUAUGAAAAUGAUAUUAAUAAAGCAAUUGAAAAAGGUUAUUAUCCAAUUGAAGUUGUAUUUGAUUUAAAUAGUAUAGGUCUUAAUUCAUUUUAUUAUCAUUCUGAAUUAUGGAAAACUCAACAUACAACACAUAAAAUACAAAUCAAUAAAAAUAAUCAUUUAUUAUCUAUAUCAAAUAUUGAUUAUAAUCAUAAUAAUAAUGUUAAAUCAGAAUCAAAUUAUCAUUCUUCCGUUACUAUGCCAAAUAUUUUAAUUAUGUAUAUUAAUUUUCAUCCAGUUUUUUCAUUUAAUGAUUUUAUCAAUACUACUCCUACUAAUACUACUACUAAUACUACUACUAAUACUACUAAUAAUCAAUCAAAAACUCAGAUAGCAACGAUAACUAAUAAUCGAUAUAUAUCGAUUUAUUGGAAACAUAAUUUUUUAAAAUUAAUAACUCCAUUACAAUUCAAUCAUAAUUUACCAUUAUGGUCAAUAUGUAAUUGUCUUAAAGAAGAUUAUCUAUUACAAAAAAUUCAUUUUUAUUAUAAUAAUCAUUAUUUUUAUAUUAAAUCUAUUAGAAUUUUAUUAAAUUUAUUUCAAUUAAAUGAUUUAUUAUAUAAUACAAAUUUAUUAAAAUUAUUUAAUAUUAAAAAUAUAAUUGAAUUAUAUUUACAAUUCAUUGAUCAACAACAAUCUAAUCAAUUAAUAAUCAAAAAUCAAUAUAAUUCCAAUAGAAUUAAUUCGGAAAAAAAAUCAAUAAUUGGUUGGCAACAAGAAAAAAGUUUAUAUGAAUUCAUAAAUGAUUUAUUAAAAAAAAUGAUUGAUAUAUUACGUAAUAAACAAUUAUUAUCUAUUACUAGUCCAGAAACUAAUUUAUUACAAAUUAAUAAUGAUGACGUCGUCACAAAUAAAUGGAUUCAUCAAUCAUAUAUGAUAUUAACUACAUGGUAUACUAAUCCAUUAGAAUUAAAAAAAUUAAUCAUGAAAAAAAUUGAAAUAUUAAAAAAAUUGAUUCAUAAAUUUAAUGAUUUAUAUCCAAAUUUCAUGAAUGAAUUUGGACAUUGAAUAGACUUUUACUUUUUAGACAGUAUCUCAAUGAUAGAAGUUGAUCAGUUGAUCAUUUCAUGAAUGAAUUUGAACAUUGAAUAGAGUUUUACUUUUUAGACAGUAUCUCAAUGAUAGAAGUUGAUCAGCUGAUCAUUUCAUGAAUGAAUUUGAACAUUGAAUAGAGUUUUACUUUUUAGACAGUAUCUCAAUGAUAGAAGUUGAUCAGUUGAUCAUUUCAUGAAUGAAUUUGAACAUUGAAUAGAGUUUUACUUUUUAGACAGUAUCUCAAUGAUAGAAGUUGAUCAGCUGAUCAUGUCAUAAUGUUUUGUAUUCUGAUACUUUUUUUCAUUCCAUAUCAUCCUUUUAUAGACUUUAUGUUAGAAACACAGAGAGAGAGAGAGGGAGGGAUAGUGAGAUUCAUCAAUCUUUAUUAUGGAUAUGCAUUUGAUGCGAAAGAGGGGAGUAAUGGUUCCUUUAAAAAAAGAUCCAUUUUUUGGUAUGUGGUUUGAUUAUAUAACAAAUAAAAUCAUUCAUCAAUCAUGUAUCCUAUUCAAUUCAUGAUAUUCUAAUCCAUUAGAAUUUUUUAAAAAAAAAAAUGAAAUUUUAACAAAAUUUAUUCGCAAAUUUAAUGAUUUAUAUCUAGAUAAACAAAUUUCAUGAAUAGAUUUUACAUUGAACGUUGGUUAGCUGUUCAGACCAUAUUUGUAUUUUUAUAUCCUUUUAAUUCCAUAUCAUCCUUUUAUAGAUUUUAUGUUAAAAACAGAGAGAAAGAGAGGGUGAGUGAGAGAGGGAGAUUAGUUAAUCUCUUUUCUUGAUAUGAAUCUGAUGAGAAGAAAUAGUGGUUCCCUUAAAAAUAAAAUCCUUAUUUUUUUUUGUAUUUUAUUUCAUUAUAGUAGUAAAUUUGUUGCUGAGUUUAUAAAUUUCUAAUAUAUGGAAACGUUUUUAAAGUUUUGAUUUCUGUGAAUAAA